AUGGGGCUGAAGCUGACCUGCCUGAAAGGCUUAAAAAUGUGUGUCAGCAGCAGCCAUGAUGAGGCCCCCGUCCUGAGCGACAAGCACCUGGAUGUGCCCAACAUCAUCAUCACCCCGCCGACCCCCACGGGCGUGAUCCUACCGAGGGACUCCCGGAGGGCAGUCUGGCUGGAGGAGUCAGGGUCGGGCCCGGAGGAUGGAGAAGCAGACCCUGAGGCCUGA